AUGGCGGCAGACGCGAACCCGCCCACGGCGCAAGCCGGGGCGGCUACGUUCGACAAGCUCCAGUCCAACACGCAAGAUGUCCUGAACCAUGCACGGUCGACGCCUGAGUUCCAGAAUGCGGAGCAAGAGGCAAAGGAACGCAGGAUUGCGCAAAUGAUGGCAGACCAGAUGUCCAUGCCCAUGUCAGUUAGCGAGGUAAACGUCACUGGCGCAAAGAACAUCCGACGCGGAUUCCUUGACCCAAUAUUCAGCCCGCUGCUCGCGGAUAGCCUAAACUCGCCAAAGACUGUUGGGGAUGUGCUUUCCAAACUGCAAGUCGCCAGCGCAAAGCUCUCCGCGCUGCAAAUCUUGCGAGAGCCCCCCGAGGUAUAUCUCUCUCAGUCUAGUCAGGUCGAUCCGUCCACAACCCCGUCGGAUGUCAGUGUCUCCGUCGGCCUUCGAGAACUCCCCCGAUUUAAGCUACAGACCGGUACAGACGUGGGAAACGGUGAAGGCUCCGCAUACGGCUCGCUGCUAUGGCGCAACAUGUUCGGUGGGGCAGAGAUGCUCACGUUGAAUGCCAAAGCUGGCACACGCACGAGGUCAGCCUACAGUGCCAACCUAAGCGCUCCAGUGCUGAGUGAUCCGGACAUGCGAAUCGCACUGGAAGGACUGGCAUCGGCGGCGGAGAAGCCUUGGGCGUCCCAUGAGGAAGUCGUCAAGGGAGGAUCAUUACGAUUCUCUUGGCUGAAUGCCCUGAGGGACUCGCAUUCGAUCGAGUACUCGGGGGCUUGGCGACAAGUCACUGGCUUGUCGCAAAGCGCCAGCCCGACUGUGCGACAGGACACUGGCGACACAGUCAAAAGUGCAAUCAAGCACACCUUUCACAGAGAAAGACGCGACAAUCCACAACUACCGCAAGAUGGAUACAUGCUGCGGUCCAUGCUGGAGGUUGCAGGUUUUGGUCCUCUGGGGGGAGACGUCGCAUUCUCCAAGGGCGAACUGGAGAUGAGUGGCGCAAUCCCGAUCCCCCUGCCCGGAUCGAAAGAGCGAACAGGGAUCUCCAUUGGUGCUGGCUUCAGAACGGGAAUGCUAUGGCCUCUGCCUCUGGGAUACAACUUGGCUGGCAAGGCGCUUCCAAGUCGCAUCAAUGACCGCUUUCUGCUUGGUGGUCCCACCGAUGUCCGUGGAUUUAAGCUUGGUGGAUUGGGACCUCAUGACGGCCAAGAUUCUGUUGGCGGGGACCUGUUUGCCGCAGGGAGUGUUAAUGUGCUUCUCCCGCUGCCUUACAAGGGCCCAGACUCCGGCCUACGGUUCCAGGUAUUUGCCAAUGCUGGCCGGUUGGUUGCUCUCCAAGACGAGGGAAGAUCGAAGAAACUAGACCCCCAGGGCAUGCGUCCCGGGGCCGUGGGCAAGGGCAUGUUCCGCGCUUUCAAGGACCUCGCAAGUGGCGCUCCUACCAUGGCAGCGGGGGUGGGUCUCGUCUACGCACAUCCUGUGGCUAGGUUUGAACUGAACUUCAGCCUUCCACUGGUGCUCAGGAGAGGCGAGGUCGGAACCAAGGGACUCCAGCUUGGAGUGGGAAUUAACUUCCUGUAA